AUGAGCAAAGUCCGUGCAUCACCGUCCGCCAACGCCUUACCAUACAAAAAUCCUCAUGCAAAGCCCACAUCGCCUCUCCUGUCCGCCACGCCCCGCCGCAAAGGCAUAUAUAUAGCUAGCAGCAUAGCAGUCUACGCCUUCACAGCAUAUGGCUUCUCCCUCUACACCACCCUUUUGGCAGAACCAGAUCACCCACUUCCGUUCCAAGACACAGACGUUACGGAUCGCUACCACACUACAGCCAAACACUUCGACGCUGAUGUCUCCUCUACAGAGAACAUUUGGGGCAUUACGAAUCUUCGACGUCGUCUUGCUGAACAAGCCAAGGGAGAUGUGCUGGAGGUAAGCGUGGGCACGGGCAGGAAUGGAGUGUAUUAUGAUCUGGAGAAGAUAAAGAGUUUGGCUUUUGUCGAUCAGAGUGGAGCCAUGGUGGAGAUUGCGAGGAAGAAAUGGAAUUCUCUCCAUCCCGGAUAUGAGCGUUGUUCAUUCCAUACUCAAUCAGCCAUGGACCCGCUGUCUGCUUCCGCAAUGCCGAAGGCAGGUUUUUCGACGAUUGUGCAGACUAUGGGCAGUUGCUCUACACCUACACCUGCUGCUACGCUGGCGCAUUUGGGGAAUUUGGCCGAUCCGAACGAUGGGAAGCUUCUGCUGUUGGAGCAUGGAAGGAGUUAUUAUGAUUGGAUAAACUGGAUACUAGACAAGGCUGCCGCUAGGCAUGCAGAUAAGCAUGGGUGCUGGUUCAACAGAGAUGUGGGAAGGAUACUGGAGGAGAGCGGACUGGUGAUCGAAAAGGUGGAGAGGAGUCAUUUUGGGACACUUUGGUUUGUGGAAGCGAGGCCAGGUGUAAGAGGUGGAGGAAAGUUGGUGGCAAGGAAAGAAGAGACAAUGGAGGAAAGGGAGGAAAAAGGAGGACAAUAG